AGCCUUCUCAACACUCCACCCUUCCCCCAAAAAGGAGCACAAAGGAGGAAGGAAUGGUCACUAUUUCCCUCACAGUCUGAUCCCAGAAACUUGCCACCAUGUUGAGACGUAGCCCAGGCCACAAGAAAGGACCAAGUAGAAAGAAACUGAGACCUUCCACCUUCCAUCAACAAUCACAACCAACCUGCCAGCCAUGUGAGUGAGCCACCCUGGGAGUGAAUCCUCCAGCCCAGUCAAGCCUUUUAGAUGACUGCAGCACUAGCUGACAGCUCAACAUCACUCUCAUGAGAGGUCCAAACCAGAACUGCCCAGCCAAGCUACCUCUGAAUUUCUGACCCAGAGAAACCAUGAAAGAUUUCUUCUUCCUGGAAAGUCUGAUCUUCGACCAGAUGGCAGUAACAUUUGAAGAUGUGACUAUUAAUUUUACUUGGGAGGAGUGGAAAUUCUUGGAUUCUUCUCAAAAAAAGCUCUACAGAGAGGUCAUGUGGGAGAACUAUACAAAUGUCAUGUCAGUAGGAAACUGGAAAGAGAGCUACAGACCCCAAGAAGAAAGAUUCAGAUAUUUUGAACAUGAACAUCUUUCCUGCUGGCAAGGCUGGAGGAAUGCCAGCACUCAGAUAUAUGAUAAUCAAAACUAUGUGGAAAUGGUUCAAGGUAUAGAUUCCAAAGACCUAAAGCAGCAACACCUUUCUCACUGUCAAGAAUGGUUAAUACUCUUCACACAAGUACCAGGGUUUGGGAACUAUGAACUGACUUUUGAAGGCAAAAUUCCCAGGAACUUAAAAUAUACGAAGUUUAUACCUUGUCAAUCCUUAGAAACAAAACACACUGAAGACAAUGGUAGAGAAAUCUAUGUGAGUGAUUCACGUGGUUUUCAAGGACGUGGAUACCAUGUUGGCAUAUCCAGGAAAAAUCUCUCUGUGGAAAGAGAACAGAAGCUCAUAGGUCAGCAUUCUUACAUCCCAGGAGAGGAAGCCCUUCCAGGGUACACUGGGGAGAUAUGCCAAAAUGACCUCCUGAAAGGCUCUGUGGAAGAGAAAUACUGUGGAUGUAAUAAAUGUAAAGAAAGUUAUUAUUGGAACUCACAGUGUGUUCACAAGAGAAAUCAACUUGGAGAAAAGUUCUAUCCAUGCUCCAUCAGCACAGCAUGCUUCACUCAGAGAUCAGACCUAUACAGACAUCCAAGAAUCCACAUAGGUAAGAAGCUGUACAGAUGUAAUGAAGUUGCCAGUAACUUUAGUCAGAGCUUCGGUGUUCACUUUCAUCAGAGAGUCCACGCAGGGGAGGUACCUUAUAUAUGUAAUGUGUGUAGUAAGAGCUUCAGUCAGAUCUCCAGUCUUCGUUGUCAUCAAAGAGUCCACACAGAAGAGAAACUCUAUACACUGCAGUGUGAUAAGGACCUCAGGAGAAAUUCAUUACUUCACAUUCACCAGAGACUUCACAUAGGAGAGAAGCCUUUUAAGUGUGAUCAGUGUGGUAAGAGUUUUAGUCGGAGUUCAGUACUUCAUGUUCAUCAGAGAGUCCACACAGGAGAAAAACCAUAUAAGUGUGAUGAGUGUGGUAAGGGCUUCAGUCAGAGUUCAAAUCUUCGAAUUCAUCAGUUAGUCCACACGGGAGAAAAGUCCUAUAAAUGUGAUGACUGUGGUAAGAGCUUUACCCAGCGCUCAAAUCUUCAAAUCCACCAGAGGGUGCAUACAGGAGAGAAGCCUUACAAAUGUGACGACUGUGGGAAGGACUUUAGUCACAGCUCAGAUCUUCGCAUUCAUCAGAGGGUCCAUACGGGGGAGAAGCCCUAUACUUGUCAUGAAUGUGGGAAGGGCUUCAGCAAGAGUUCCAAACUUCACACUCACCAAAGAGUACAUACUGGAGAGAAACCCUAUAAAUGUGAACAGUGUGGGAAGGGCUUCAGUCAGCGUUCACAUCUUCUCAUUCAUCAGAGAGUCCAUACAGGAGAAAAACCCUAUAAAUGUGAUGAUUGUGGAAAGGGCUUUAGUCACAGCUCAAAUCUUCACAUUCAUCAGAGGGUCCACACAGGAGAGAAGCCUUAUCAAUGUGCUAAGUGUGGUAAGGGUUUCAGCCAUAGCUCAGCUCUUCGAAUUCAUCAAAGAGUCCACACGGGAGAAAAAAUUCAUAAAUGCCAUGAGUAUUAUAAGGGGUUCGAUCAGAAUUCACAUCUUCACAGUAAUCGCAGAAGAAAAACCUUAUAAUUCUGUUCAUUUAGUUAUAACAGCUUUAAUCAAAGCUUCACCUUAAGCCCAGUAAAUGCUGCUGGGAAGAAAAUUCUAUAAAUAAUCCAAAUAAUCCCAAGCAACAUUUAUAGUUUCCCCUAAUUCCUACUAAGAAUCAUUUGCUUCAAGAGGAGAUCCUUAGGAGGAUAUUUAAAUUAAAGUGUAUUUUCUUUUUCUACAAUAAAUAUUAUGCAUAGUCAUUAUAAAAUAUAUAGAAGAGUCAAGAAGAAAACUUUUCAUCCUGUUUCAUUCUAAGCCUUUUUUCCUGUGCAUUUUCAUGUGUAUGAAGUCAUACUGUAUGUUCAAUUUUAUAUUUUCACUGACUUCAAAACAUUUUCUUAUAUUUUGGUUUGAAUUGAAAUUGGCUAGCUAUAAAUGAAAUAGCAUCUUGACUCACCUGUAAAGUCCCUAAGAAGCUACAGAAAAAAAAUGAAAACACACAAAACUUGAAACUCGAACUGGUAGACAACAAGUUCUCAAAUGUUGAAGAAUUAACUGAAAGGCCAUUAAAUUUGGAAAAUAGUGUAUGACCCUUAUCCAAAAUAGGGUAUCUUAGAGAUGUUAUUUCUGUCACCCAGAAAACUCAAGAACCAGCCUUUUGUUGCAGGGGUGCUGCACUAUGAGGUUACCAUAAUACACUCUCACCCAUUCCCCUUCCCAGUUUUCCACAUUUAUUCAUAGGUUCAGACACUAGGAGGUGUGGAAAAAUUCUGGUUUUCUGAAAAACCAAAGAGGGAAAAUGGAUAAAGACCUCUGCAACAGUAAUUGUCAAAAGACAACAGAAUAACACCUUUAGAAUUGUGAGGCUGAAAAAUCUGUUAUCGCCCAUAGUUUAUCUUAUCAACUAAAUUGUCUUUUACGUUUGUAGGUAACAAAUUAGAUAAGCAAGAAAAUGGAAAACAUAUCAAAUAUGUACCUUUCUUAAAGAGAGCUCAAGAAUGUGGAAAUCAUAGUGUAAAAGAACUGGUAACAAACACUAAAAUCAGUUAAGCAUGCAGUUAAGUCUUGAAUAAUUGUUAAUUUGUUUACAAAACUUCAAAAAUAUUAAAUAGUUGUACAAGAAAAUAUUUAACAUACAAAUGUUAAGUAUAAAAACAUAUGUUAAAGUCUGGAUGGGAAAGUAGGGUUAUCAGAUAAAAUCCAGGACACCCAGUUAGGUUUGAUUUUCAGAUAUACAAUGAUAAUUUUUUAGUAUAAGUAUGUCCCAAAUAGUGCAUGGAACUUAUACUAAGAAAUUAUUUGUUCAUAUAAAUUCAAACUUAACAACACCCUGUGUUUUUAUUUGCUAAAUCUGGCAACCAAAUGAGGGAAGGACAGCAAAAGAAAGUGUGCUACAUCUCUGACCUUAAAUAGCAUGGAUUCAUUACAUUUUCUUCUUGACUUUAACAACUCUAGAAAUAAAGGUCUAAAUAUGUUUUUACAAAGUUAGAAAUUGCAACUAAAAGAACUAAAAACAUAUUUCUUUCAAAACAGAGGAGAUAAAAGCAAAGAAUAUUCAGUCCCUAUAGCAAAAGACAGAAAACAAAAACAACAUGAAGAUGAUCUAAAAAAUUAGAGAACAUGGAUCAAGAUGAGAGGAAAUCAAAUUUCAAAAUAGGUUAAAUCUCCCCUUAAAAAGUUUUGAAAACCCUUGAUUGAAUUAAAAUUUUACUUAUAUGCUAUUACAACAGAAAAGAUUAAAGCAAAAUGAUAUUGGUCAAUUGACCAAUUUUCAAUUGAUUGCUCAAUAUUGAUUUAUUGAUAUAAAAGAAUAGGCAAAUGUUUAUUAGGCGAACAAAAGCAUGCCUACAAUAUGCUUUUAAAGGUUAAUUUUAAAUGAACUAAUUAAACCCAUUAAGGUGGGUAAUAAUAUAAAAAACAAUAGUUUCCUAAACUCUUGUAAUAAUCAGAAAAAUACAAUGGGUGCAAAAAAGGGUUUGAAGUACUAAAAUUUCUUUAAAAGGAACAACUAGCAAAAAUGUAGAAUGAAGGGCUUCCCUGGUGGUGCAGUGGUUGGGAGUCCGCCUGCCGAUGCAGGGUUCACGGGUUCGUGCCCUGGUCCAGGGGGAUCCCACAUGCCGCGGAGCGGCUGGGCCCGUGGGCCAUGGCCGCUGGGCCUGUGCGUCCGGAGCCUGUGCUCCGCAGCGGGAGGGGCCACAACAGUGAGAGGCCCGCGUACCGCAAAAAAAAAAAAAAAAAAAAAAAAAAUGUAGAAUGAAAAUAAUGAAAAACAAAACAUUUAAUUGAAAACAAAAGGGGACUUGUAUAGAGGGGAUGUUCUUAAUUUAUAGAUUUAUUUCCAAUCUCAUCAAAAUCCCAAUGAGAUGUGAAAUUGAAAAUAAUAUUCUAAAGUCUUUUAAGAAAAAUAGAUAUUGGAGAAGAGCAAAGAUAAUUAUAAGAAAGAUUAAUGAGAUUGCCCUAACGUAUGAUAAAUGAUAUAUUGAAGUUAAAAUAUUGAGAACUUGAUUGUACAUUUGAGAAAAUGUUCAGAAUGCUCAGUUAUUAAAUAGCUUAAAAAUAAACCAGUAUAUGGAUUACAUAUAUAUAUAUAAAACAUUAAGUAGAUAUGCUUAAAUACUUUACAUAUGAUAAAAGAUUUAUGAAUGGAAGGAUUAUUCAGUAAAUGGUGCUGAGAAAAUUAUUUAACUCUUUCGUGAAAAAUAAAAUUAGGCUUUCGUCUCAUGACCUAUAUCAUAUAUACUGAUCUAAUAUAUAUUGAUUAAAGCACAGGUUUUCAAGCUGUGUUCCAUGUACCUCCAUAUGGUUUCAUGAAGCCUGGUUCAUCAAAAACAAAGCCACAAGUUAACCCCAUCCAUCUUUUCUGAUUCACAUUCAAGAUUAGCACAAGAUUUCUUUCUCUCUUUCUUAUUUUCUUUUAGAGGAGGUUUUACCAUUUUAAACAUAAAAUGUUUAAAAUUCACCAAAGUGGGUUUUUACAUGGUUGAAAACACACAUGCAUUUUUUGAGAGUUUGAUGAAAUGGAAGAACUCAGAAAAAAUACCUAGGAAUUUGACCACAUUAAAAAAAUUAAACUAUAGGUUAAGAACCGAUGGAAGUCAAGACAACAACAGGGAAAAUAUUUGCCCUGAUUAGGUUAUAAACUUUUAUAAGUUAAUACAAGAGAUGGACACCUACUUUAAAAAAUGGCAAAGGACGUCAACAGAUUAAAGCAAUGAAAAUACCACUAUCAUUAACAAAAAUUGUAAUAGCUAUUUUCAGUGAGAGUACAGAAUGAUUGAUACUUAUACACUACUUAUGUUGAGGGUAAAUUGAUAUGCUUUGGAAAAGCUAUUUGGCCAAUUUUAAGCCUUAAAAUUGUUAUUACUCUUUGUCCUGUAGUGAUUUCAUAUCUAGAUAUAUAUCCUGUGGAAAUAGAGUUACACUCUAUUAGGGUACUUCAUUUUUUUUUUUAAACAUCUUUAAUGGAGUAUAAUUGCUUUACAUUGUUGUGUUAUUCGGGUAGUUCUAUUUGCAAAGAACAGAGAUCCACUUAAGUUAUUUCAUAUAAAAAUUGAGUUAUAUAACAUUAUGUUUUAAAAUCUCACCAAAAAAGAAAAAGAAGACACAAGGACGGAAGCUUCAAUAUGAGAAUUUGCUGUAGAAAGCCAUUAGACAAGGAGACUACUCUUUCAAGAACUUUUGUUUCUCUUUGGUUAUCCUCUCCUCUCUACAGAUUGACCUCCUGUUUACUCACUCUGCAUGCUUAUAAUUGCCACCACAUCCUUGAAUAUAUUUUUUUCAAUUUUAUUGCCCACCACUAACUUGUAACUUCUGGGUCUCUGUUUAGAUUUCUGAGUAGGGGAAGAUGAUUGGCUCAACUUAUAAUUACUACCUCCUGACAAGUCUUUGAGGCCAGGCCAAACUAUAGGCUACUGGUAAGCCUUUGGAUUGGCUAGCUUUGUAUGAGAUGUUCACUCUGGUGCUUUCAGACAUGCCCAGGGAUGAAGUGAUAAGGCAUAUAACAUGGUUGUAAGGGCUGAUUUUCAAAUAGGUUUCUCCAGAAAGUGGUGGGUCUGGGCCAAGCAUUCUGAACCACAUUAUAACACAUACACAGAUAAAUGUUCAAGAUAUUUAUUUAAAUAUUUUUAUGCUGCCCUCACCCCUAAAUAGGGGAAAGGUCAUAUAAAUUAUGGUUCAUCUACAUGAUGUAAUCUUAUGCAGUCGUUAAAACUUAUAUUUUCCAAGAAUGUUAUAAUAAGAAUAUACUUAUGGUGUUAAAAGUACAAGAUAUAGAACUCUAUAUGGGGUAAGAUUCUAUUUAUAUUUAUACAGAUAUUUCCAUGGGGAAAACAUUGGAUAUAUACAAAAAUGUUAUUAGUGGGUUUCUUUGAGAGGAUCUUUGGUUAUCUUUAUGUUCUUCAUGCUUUUCUGUAUUUUUUAUAUUUUUAUUGGUGUCUUAUUUUCAAAAAAAAAGUUUUACAUACAACUUAUUUAAAAUGUUAAUGAUUACAUGACAUUCCAUUGUGUGGCUGUACCAUAAUACUUAUCACUAUAUUAUCGGGUAUUUAGACUGUUUUAAUUUUUAUAUCAUGAACUGAACUGCCAUAAAUGUACUUAUGAAGUUUUCAAUUAUUUUAGGUAAUUUUUAUAAUGAUUUUCUAUAUUCAGUUAUUGGGUUAAAAGAUAGGAGGCAGAAGGUAUAAUUUGUGCAAAGAAAUGGAAUAAUGAAAUUACACGAUGUAUACAGCCAGCUACAAGUAAUGUCAAAGUACCUGACAACAAUGUCAAAGCUAAGUACUUGACAUUGUUGGAUUAUAAAGUAUAAAAGUGAAAGGUGAGGUUAGAGGAUGGCCAGAUCAUGAAGGACUUCUUGUGCCAAGCUAAAAAAUUUCUAUUGGUCAUGGAGAGACAUUAAAGAAUCUUAAACAAAGGAACAACAGUAUGUCAUUUGGAAAAGACUUCAACAACAGUGACUGGAUAUCCAGAGACUGGAUAUUUUGUAGAGUGAGGGGAAGAGAAGGAGCAAGAACGGAGGUCAUGAGGCCAUAUAGUAGACAAGACAACGAGGUGGUGUCAAUGAGUUUUGAUAGUAGGAGGCAGUUUCCUUUUUUUUUUUUUUUAACAUUUAUUUAUUUGGUUGCGCCGGGUCUUAGUUGUGUCUCACGGGCUCCUCGGUUGCAGCAUUUGGGCUCCUUAGUUGUGGCAUGUGAACUCUUAGUUGCGGCAUGCAUGUGGGAUCUAGUUCCCUGACCAGGGAUCGAACCCAGGCCCACUGCACUGGGAGCACAGAGUCUCAUCCACUAUGCCACCAGGUAAGUCCUCAGUUUCCUUUUUUAAUUGUUGGAUUUAUUUUUCACUUCAUCAGUGUGCCCACUAGAGUAAAACUGGAAAACACAGUCACUAAAAAAAAUGAGUUUAAAGAUAGUAUAAAAAGCCAUUAGAAGAUUUUAAGAGACAUGGUCUAACUUUAAAUUUUAACAGGGGCACUGUGAAUGCUGGGUUAAGAAUUAACUGAAGGUAGCGGCUAGAGCCAAAGCAGAAAUUCCAAUUAGAAAGCAUUUUAGUGAUGCCUAAGAAAGAUAAGGUGUUAACAUAAUGUUAGCAGUGGAGGCAAGAGAAAUAAUCAAAUUUUGGAUAUACUUUGAGUAUGAUGAAUAUAUCAGAAGGUGGUUUUAAACUUGGACUUUAGAUGGAAUUUCAAUAGGUAAAAAGGCCAAAAUAGUUUACAGACAGGAGGAAUUGCUUAUAAAAACGUGUACUUGAGUACAUCAUCUUUUAGGGACAGUGAAAUCAGUCUGUCCAGAUUAACGACUUCAUGUUGGGGUUUGAGCUACUCUUAAAAGUCUAGGGUUUUUUCAUCUGGAUAACAUAAAGCUCAAAUUGCGCCAUGGGGAUAGUUAAGCCCAACCUUGGGGAAGAGUCAGGGGAGGCAUCCCAGAGACUGGUUUUAAUCUUUGUCCCGAAUAAACUGAAAUAACUUGACAGGGGAUGGGGCAGGGAGGUUGGUAAGUGUUUCAAGCAGAGUGAGCAAAAUACGCAGUCUUAAGAAUAAGAGUUUAGUGGUUAAGAACCAGGAUGCCUGAGCUCAGAUCAGUUUUUAUGAAAACGGUAUAUUUCUACCUAAUGUCAACGAACUUUUAUAAUCAAUCACUGGGUCAGGGUGGACUGGGAGUCUUGUCAUCAGCAAUCCUAUGUAGGCCAAGUUAUCAGAGUCAGGCAGAUCCUGUCAGGAAUGCCUACCAAAUUAACUGACUAAAUCCUAAUAUCUAUUGAAUACUGUAUACUAGGCUAUGCAGAGGCUGAAAAACUAUGUGAUCCAGUAAAAAAAGGUAACACUAUGGUAUGUUUUUGUUCAUCUUCUUAGGUUCUACAACUUAGAAUACAGACCACCCUGAGUCAUGUGUACAGGUGUCUUUCACCAAAUAUUAAAAUUAAUUGGCAAAUGAUUUAGAACUUUAACAUUCUUUGAAAAGGUUUCCUAGUGAACAGUGAAAGGCACAGUAGCUUAAGUAACUGAAGAACUGCUGGCAUUUGAUCCAAGAUCUACCUUUUAUUGAUGAUACAGAAUUGGGAUAAUCAUUUGACCUCUCUGAGCUUAAGUAUGCUUAGCUGUAAAUUAAAAGGGUUGAGAUAACAAGAGUUCUAAGGUCUCUUGUGAACUUAUAUCUCUAGAAUAGUGCAUACUACAUAGUAAACUAUUGAUUUUCACAGGACACUGUUGCCGGGAAGUCUUCUCAAAAGUUUAACGUCAUUUUAAUUUCACAAUCACGUCAAGAAAGGUCCUACUAAGUGCACUCUAUAGUCAAGAAAAAUCGUGGCUUGGAAAGGCUCACGAUUAGCCCGAGGAAACCAAGUGGUGAGACGCAGCUGGAAAUCUCACCAAGUCUCCAGGCACCAAAUGGCAAGUCUGUUUCAUAGUACUGGAGACUAGAAGUCACCAGACACUUCUAAUAGCAAUUGAAGAGAAGCCCAAAGGACAGAACAGUUACCCAGUUUUCAUGGGAAAAUGUGUGGAUUCCGGGAUCCGCAGAGAAUAUACAUGAGCGACCUGGCCAGGAAAGCCCCACUGCUCUACAGCAGCAGGACUAACGCAGCAGCAGACUGUGCUGGCGCCAAACCGCUCCACCGGGGCCGCAAGGGGUGGUGCCUCCCGGCGGGAUACGUCCGGAGGCUGCAGUGGCUAGACCGUUUCUUAGGCGAGAUCUCAAGUAUCCUUACUGCCUUGGCAAACAGUCCGAGCCUUCAGGCCUGCCCAACUCUCAGACUGGAGGGACUCCUGAGGGCAAGCAGGGGUUUAGCUUGAUUUCUUAUUUUUGUUGAUAGGCUGAAGCUACCAAUUGCACACGCUCUUAGUGAAGGAUCUCUUAAGGCUCAUACGGAACUCCUACCGCUCGCACUCCGGGCUAAGCUGGGCCGACUUUAUUCUGGGAGCUGGUGCAAAUGGUUUGGGAUCCGCCUAAUAUCUGGAGGGGGUGGGGCUCCGGGCUGGUUUACAGCGCUCUAUUCUAGAGAAGCUGACCUCUUCAGACUACAAAAGUGACAGUCCCUACACUCCACCGGCCGUCUUCCCACCAUUCUGCCCUUCCCUAGGGGAAGAGGACAGAAAAGGAGGGAUGGAGCCCUUCAUAGCUAGGACUCAGGUCAGUAAGCGUUUCUUCUCCAUCCAGAAACGCAGUUUCAGAGUCAUCGCGGAGAUCUUGUCCCCACGCUGGAGGCUUAAACAUUGUCAAAUCUGGUCUCUGGAAUCCUGUGCUUUCACAUCAUUUCUAUAGUACCUUCUAUAUAGGUAUUAAGAAGUUCCUGGAGUGUCUCUGACUUCUAGCACAGUGUUGACACACUAUAAAUGUUUAAGGGAUGGAUACUGUUGAAGAGACAGUAUCAUCAUAACUUCACAUCUUCAAAUGAUUUCAAGUCCAUUGAGAGAAAAAAAUUUAGAAUUUGGGGGUUUAGGAACAAAGAAUCCAUUAAAAAUUUUACACGUGCCCCAUACAGAAGUAGUAUUCCCAGUUGCUUUUUUUUUCUUUAUUUUUUUGGCUGUGUUGGGUCUUCAUUGCUGAAUGUGGGCUUCUCAUUGCGGUGGCUUCUCUUACUGCAGAGCAUGGGCUCUAAGAGCGGGGGCUCAGUAGUUGUGGCACAUGGGCUUAGUUGCUCCGCGGCACGUGGGAUGUUCCCAGACCAGGGAUCGAACCCGUGUCCCCUGCAUUGGCAGGGAGAUCCUCAACCACUGCGCCACCAGGGAAGCCUUCCAGUUGCUUUUAUAUGAAAACUGAGUCACAGGAAGAGAAACCUGAUUGAAAAAUUCCCUUCCUCUUUAAACUAGUACUCUUUUUAUAUUCAUAAUGCAAUUGACAAGAAAUAAAACUUUAAAACAGCAUCAAGCAAGUCACUGUGCAGGUAGUCCUCAUGUCAGCCUUCUCUCCCACUUUUGUGUUAUCCACUAAAUAGUGAACAUGAAGGAAUAAUUUUAGGAUCAAAGAGUCAAACAGAUAGUAGCUGAUGCAGAAUAUUGAUUUAGACUUUUUUUUUUAAUUCCAAAAAGUUAUACAUUUUCAUUCAGAAAUCAAAACCACUGAGAUGUUACCAUUUCGU